AAUUCCACAUAUUAGGACUCACUUCAAGUUAAAUAAUAUAUUAAACAAGUUAAAGAAAUCACAAUAAAACAAUGGCCAAUUUUCACCAACCGAAAGUUCUUCCGGUCAAAAAAAAGUGGUACCAAGUAGACAAGACCCGCCUGAGCGAAGACCUGAAGAAUAAAUUCGUGCAACUUGAUCCUGACGAAGAGACCAAGGAGUUUCUCUCAGCCUCCAUCGACAAGUCCUCGUGGGUGUGGACACAGAUAUGGUACCUGCUAGCUAAAGCCGUCCUCAGGCAUUUCUGGUCUAUCACCGACAUUAAUGGCUUCGUUCCAUUAGCCUUGUGGUAA